CGGCCGGUGCGGCGGCGGCCCCGAGGAUGCUGCGGCUGCGCUGCAAGGCCCGGAGCGGCUCGCACGCGCUGCCGGGGCUGUCGCCGCACUCCCGCCUCCGCGACAUGCAGGCCGCGCUCGCCGCGCUCACCGGAGUGCCCGCGCCCGCGCAGCGCCUCCUGCUCGGCUUCCCGCCGCGCAGCCUCGACCUCAGCGACGGCGAGCGGCGGCUGGGCGAGCUCGGCAUCCACUCGGGUGACACUCUGAUAGUGGAAGAGGACACAUCCAAACCCGAGCCCGGCUCGCCAGUGGUGGCCAAAAAAGCGAUGUCCCAGCCUGUGAGGGAAGCCGUGCCCGUGCUGGUCAGGAGGGUGGUGCCAGCAGACAAUUCCUGCCUGUUCACCAGCGUGUUCUACGUGGUGGAGGGCGGCGUGUACGACCCCGGCUGCGCCCCGGAGAUGCGCAACCUCAUCGCCCAGAUCGUGGCCAGCGACCCCGAGUCGUACUGCGAGGCCGUGCUGGGCAAAACCAACAGGGAAUACUGUGACUGGAUCCGCAGGGAGGACACCUGGGGAGGAGCCAUCGAGGUGUCCAUCCUCUCCAAGUUCUACCAGUGCGAGAUCUGCGUGGUGGACACGCAGACCGUGCGCAUCGACCGCUUCGGCGAGGACGCCGGCUACAGCAAGCGCGUGCUGCUCAUCUACGAUGGCAUCCACUACGACCCGCUGGAGCGCCGCCUGCCCUCCUCGGACCUUCCUCCCCAGACCAUCUUCCCCAGCAGCGAUGAUGUGGUGCUGGCCCAGGCUCUGGAGCUGGCGGAUGAAGCGCGCAGGAAGAGGCAGUUCACGGAUGUGAAUCGCUUCGCCCUGCGCUGCAUGGUGUGCCAGAAGGGACUGACGGGGCAGCUGGAGGCCAGGGAGCACGCCAGGGAGACUGGACACACCAACUUCGGGGAGGUGUGAGCUCUCAGCAGCACGAGGAGGGUGCCAUCGACUACCUCAGCGCUCUGGAAUCAGAUUCUGGAGUCCCAGAUAAGCUGUUUGUAAUCAUAAAAUUCCGUUCACAGAGCUUGAAAAGCUUAUUAACUAAUUAACUAAAUUAACUUCAUGGUGGCCAACGCGCAGGUUGGGGAAUAGGGGAUUGGGAGUAGGGAUGGCACUUGGGCUGGUGGUGGACAGUGGCAGCCACACCUUGAUUGCAUCAGCUUCUGUGUGUGUGUGUGUGUGUGUGUGUGUGAGCAGACAGGCACAGCCAGGCUUGUCCAACACUGCUGAAAAAUCCUCAGCCAGGAUUUUACACCAACACUGGUGUAAAAUCCACCUCUGAGGUGCUGAAUGUGUGAUCUGAGCAGCCAGACACAGCCAGGCCUGUGUAAAAUCCACCUCUGAGGUGCUGAAUGUACAUUUUCAGGGGAAUUCAGUUAAUCUGAGGCUUUGGGAAACACACAUAUCAGCAUCACUCACACUGAGAGUUGGGCUCUGCACAUAUGAAAAGCUCUCAGAGGGGAAACUGCUCGUGUGGUGCAUGAUUUAUAAUGGAAAUACCAAGUACAGUAUCAAAAAUACAAUUUGUAGUGGAAAAAGGAGCUCUGAGCUGCCCUAUGCCAUCAGGAAUAGACUGUGUAGUUUGUGUGCAGAGAACUUUAGGGAAAGCAAUGGCCUCUAAGCUUUAAGGUAGCCUUUAAAUUAAUGAGUAGAUGGAUAAGUGUUGAAUAAAACUUAUUAAUCCUCCGUAGGUAGUUUUUAGUUGCUUGAAAAAUAACUCUCAACCCCCUGGUGUUUACACUGUAUCAGAGCAUAAGCAUGUUUCCUGGAAUACUUGGGAUUCUUCUUCAUAAUAGCAUUGGAAAUUCCUGCAAGAGGGAAGUGAGUAGUUAGGGAAGUGACUUAAUUUGCAUCUGUGAAAUGCAUUGAAUAUUUUACUUGAGUAGAGCCAAUUAAGGCCAUGGUGUUACUAAGCUGUUCCAGUUUCCAAAUACUGUGAAUGAGCACUUUAAGGUUGAGUUCUCACUCUUUGCUGGUAAAAAGUUUUGCCCUCUGAAGGCCAGAGCCUGAAGGGAGGCUUGAAAUUCCAUCUGCUUUCUGCCUUAAUGUGUUUGAUUUGUCACCACUGACUGUGGAGUAGCAAGACUUUCAUUGUGAUAAUGAAAUAUCACAGCUGAAUAUUCAGAUGAAAAUAAGCUGGGGAAAGUACCCCACUCCUUGGACUGUUCAGAAUCAGGGAAGGUGAAAUUGGUUUAAUUGGAAUUAUUUUACCUCACAGUGGGGUUGUGAAGCUUAACAGCAAGUGCUUUGGAGGGCUUUUAAAAGGUGCUGUAAAGGUGCAUAUUACUGAAGGGGAUUUAUGUUGUUUUGUUUUUUUGUUUUCUUUGAAAUGCCUGCGACACAUCCUUAUUUCUUGAAUUUUAAAAUAUCCUUUGCCUGCCAUUCUUCUGUUACUGUUUUGAGUGACCUUCCUUGCACUUUUAGACUGGGGAACAAGAAGGAGCAUCCUCAGACUGAGGCAGAAAUAAACCCACGUGGGUUUAACCUAAAACCCAGUUUGAGAGGGCUCUGUUCCCUCAGGCACCCGACCAAACUGGUGCAGCCACACCACCUUUUCUGCUAAAAUCCUAUUUCUGGUUCUCAGCAGAGGCUCCCAGUUGGAUCUUGAAAUACAGGAGGGUUUUACUGAAGAAAGAACAUAAUUACUUAAGUGCUUUGCUGAAUUAAGGCAUGAAUAAUUAAACAGCUCUAGGAUCACCCAGAGCACUGUGGACCUGGGUUUGUUUUUAAUUCAGUAUUAAAACACACAUUAGCACUGUUGGGAGUUCCCUAUAGAAAGCCACUUAGCUUCCAGUGUUAAACCCCACUCUGCUUUUAGCCUGUCAUUAGGAGAAGAAGAUAACCCCCCCCAAAACCCAACAUUAAACCCAGCCCUGUAGAAGCUGAUGCUUAAAAACCUCCAGAAAUCCCUGACAGUUCAAAGGAACUUGAAGAUGACACUGUGUUAUAACUACUUGAGCUGAAAUCCUGGCUAGGAACGAGACCAAGGGACUGGCAAGCCCCAGGUGUGCUCUGAGCUGUGCCAGGGGAGCAGGGACACGCCUGGGACAAGGAGCUGAUCGUCCCCCUUUGCCAUCUGUCACACAGACACAAUACCUACCUCAGAGAGGUGCACCAGGUGGCUUUGAAACACAAGUGGAAGAUCCAUAUUUAUUGUCUGCCUUGACUUUGGGGAGCAACCCUUAGAUUUUAGCUUUGUGUCCUGGAUGGAUUUCUCUAAGUGUGUGAAACCUUUUUUUUUUUUCCCUGGUAUUUCUCAGUUGCAGUAUUUGAAAAAUGAGCUUUAUUUAAUCCAGAGUGUUGAGCUUUGCUAGAUCAUGUUUGCAUUGGGAAUCUGCUACCAGAGAAUCAGUUCCCUUGGAGGGAGACGUGUCACUAUCACUGCUUGGAUGUUCUCUUUUGUUGCCUAGAAAAAUAAAAUCUCUUUGGUUAAAAAAGA